UCUCGGCUUGAAACGUCGACAUCUAUUUAUUUCCAUAGAUGCGGCUGACCUGCUUAUUUCCUCCAGCAUUUUGUGUGUAUUGCUGGUGGUCAUGCAGAACAUACCUGCGGAAAGUUCGGUUAAUUAGAGGUUCCGAACUGAGGGCUAGGCCCCUUUAAGAAGAGUCAGGUGACACGAGGGACCGAUCAUGUGACGGCUUGAGAUGGCGGCUUUUCUACAAUGGAGGCGUUUCGUUUUCUUCGACAAGGAGCUAUUGAAAGAGCCUGGGCAACCGGACCGGGAAUUCCACUGCCCAGGAGACUCGGCUUUCAGUGUGUGCACGAGUGGCAGAGGCAGCCUGGUACUGGGGGAUAUUGAAGGGAAUAUCUGGUUCCUCACUCGGACUUUGCAGUUCACUUCCUUUCAGGCUUAUAAGCUUCGAGUUACACACUUGUUUCAACUUAAACAGCAUAGUAUUCUUGUCUCAGUGGGAGAGGAUGAACCAGGAAUCAACCCUUUGGUGAAAGUCUGGAAUCUGGAGAAGCGAGAUGGCAGCGGAAAUCCUCUCUGCACCAGGAUAUUUUCUGCAAUUCCAGGAAAUAAGCCUACAGAAGUCUCAUGUCUCACUGUCCAUGAAAACCUCAACCACAUGGCAAUCGGAUUCACAGAUGGUAGUGUUGUCCUGAAAAAAGGAGACAUCACUCGUGACAGACACAGCAAAACUGAUGUUAUAGCAGAGGGAACCUACCCCAUCACUGGUCUAGGGUUCCAGCAAUCUGGUAAACAGACCCAUCUCUUUGUGGUUACCACAGAGAAUGUGAAGUCGUACAAUGUUUCAAUGAAAGAUUUCCCUGCAGUGGAGCUCGAUAACCAUGGCUGCAGUCUGCACUGCUCUGCCCUAUGUGACCCUUCGCAAGACAACCAGCUGAUAGUUGCAGGGGAUGACUGUGUGUAUCUCUACCAGCCUGACGAGCGUGGGCCUUGCUUUGCUUUUGAGGGGCAGAAGCAGAUCGUUCACUGGUACCGUGGCUAUCUCAUCAUUGUCUCAAAGGACAAGAAGGCAUCCAAGACAGACUUUGUUUCUGGUGACAGCCAGUCUUCUGAGAAGCAGAUACUGACUAUCUAUGACCUGGAUAACAAGUUCAUUGCAUACACAGCGGCAUUUGAUGAUAUUGUUGAUGUACUGGCAGAGUGGGGUUCCCUCUAUGUGCUGACUAGUGAUCGGAAGAUCAGUAUUCUGCAGGAGAAGGACACGCAGACAAAACUGGAGAUGUUGUUUAAGAAGAACCUGUUUGUAAUGGCAAUCAAUCUGGCAAAAAGCCAACAUUUGGAUAAUGAUGGGUUAGCAGAAAUCUUUCGACAGUAUGGUGAUCACCUGUAUGUGAAAGGAGAUCAUGAUGGGGCCAUACAGCAGUACAUCCGGACAAUCGGGAAGUUGGAGCCAUCCUAUGUAAUACGAAAGUUCCUGGAUGCACAGCGAAUCCACAAUCUAACAGCGUAUCUGCAGGCCUUGCACCGGCAGUCACUGGCCAAUGAGGACCAUACAACUCUUCUCCUCAACUGUUACACGAAACUAAAGGAUAGCUCCAAACUGGAGGAGUUCAUUAAGACCAGCGAGAGCGAGGUACAUUUUGACAUUGAAACUGCCAUCAGGGUCCUUCGUCAGGCUGGUUACUACAAUCAUGCCGUCUACCUGGCUGAUAAGCACUGCCAUCAUGAGUGGUACCUCAAAAUACAGCUCGAGGAUAUCAAGAACUACCAACAAGCCCUCUGUUACAUUGGGAAACUGCCCUUUGACCAAGCAGAAAGGAACAUGAAGAAAUAUGGGAAAACUCUGAUGCAUCAUGUUCCAAAUGAGACCACUGAGCUAUUGAAGAUCCUCUGUACGGACUACCGACCCAGCAAUGAGCCUCCAGCGGAGAGAGAAUCCAGCAGCAGAUAUGAGUAUAAGGCAAAUUCUGAGGAAUUUAUCCCAAUCUUUGCCAACAAUUCACGUGAACUGAAGUUGUUCCUAGAGCACAUGAUUCGGGUGCAGAACAACUCUCCACAGGGUGUGUAUGACACAUUGCUUGAGCUCAGAUUACAAGACUGGGCUCAUGAGGAGAACGUGAAGGCAAAGAAACAACUUCAGGAAGAAGCAAUGGGCCUGUUGAAGAGUGGAUUAUUUAAAACUGUAUUUGACAAGGCCCUGGUACUGUGUCAGAUGCACAAUUUCAAAGAUGGAGUGUUGUACCUCUACGAGCAAGGGCGACUGUAUCAACAGAUAAUGCAUUACCACAUGCAGAAUGACGAGUAUGCCAAAGUGAUUGAGACCUGUGAGCGGUAUGGUGAGCAGGAAGCCUGCCUUUGGGAACAAGCACUUGGAUACUUUGCACGAAAGGAAGAGGAUUGUAAAGAAUACAUCAUGAGUGUUCUGAGGCACAUCGACAGGAACAACCUCAUGCCCCCUUUGCUGGUUGUGCAGACUUUGGCUCAUAACUCCACAGCCACACUCUCGGUUAUUAAGGAUUACCUCAUUAACAAGUUGCAGCAGGAGAGUGACCAUAUUGCAGAAGACGAGCGAAGGAUCAAACAGUACAGAGAUGAAACCAAGAAGAUCCAAGAAGAGAUUGAAGAACUAGAGACCAGUGCGAAGACUUUCCAGAAAUCCAAAUGCAGCAUGUGCAACAGCCCCCUGGAACUUCCCUCUGUCCACUUCCUCUGUGGACACUCUUUUCACCAGCAUUGCUUUGAGAGUUACGCAGAACAUGACUCUGAAUGCCCGACCUGUAUGCCAGAAAACCAUAAAGUUAUGGACAUGAUCCGAGCACAGGAGCAGAAGCAGGAUCUUCAUGAGAAGUUUCAGCACCAGUUGAAAUGUUCAAAGGAUGGAUUCUCAGUCAUCGCCGACUAUUUUGGACGUGGAGUCUUCAAUAAAUUGACGUUAAUCACAGACGCCUUCCCAGGCAGAGGAGCCACUGCAAACAUUGAUGCUGGACUGCAGAGAGACUUGUUGAUGCACACGAAAAGAUCAACCUAAAUAGACCCCAAGACCUCAGGGUCAUCAAAUUCCUUUUUUUUUGUGUCUAACUUUUGCUGUAAUAUUAAAGUUCAAUAAGCUGAUGGGUA